UCAAGAGCGGUCAACAUCCAUCGGAAAUAUUUUCGGAGGGUAAAAAAACGCGGCAAAAACCGAUUUCCAGACAGUGAUAACACCCUGAAAACCGUUAAGGUAACGGUGGUUUGCAAUGACGGAUUCCGCCGUUGCGAAAACCGAGAACCCCCACAAAACUCGAAGCAAACUUCGUCUCCAAUCAAUUCGAUACGUGAAUAUUUUCUUCAGCAUUAUUCUGAUGAUCUAUGGGGUCGGAAUUUUGCUGCUAACCCUCGGCGUGAGGUACGAAUUAUCCGGAUAUCUGGUCUACCUUCACUACUAUCUGGAGACACCGAUUUUGGUCCUGUUUCUAGGUUCCGUACUAUUAAUCGGUAUCGGAUGCCUCGGUCUUAUUUCAUCCGCGCAAACUAUCUACCAAGGGAUUGUCACGUUCGGCGUUCUGCUCUUCGGCUUGUUCAUGAUAAUGUUGACCAUGUUGGCCAUAGCUUUCGCUACUCUAAGCUCGGCACAAAAAUCCAUUGAAGACAUCCUCGAAAACCACAUGACGAAUUACACCGCUUACAGCUCUGACGUUGACUACCUUCAAGCGAACUUAAAUUGCUGCGGAUUGAACGAUUUCACGGAAUGGAAUUACACUUUGGGAUACAUUCCUGGUUCCUGCUGCGAUUCUGAUACAGUUUGUGGGUUCGCCGAUGUCGCAGCCCUGGAUUUAGACGGCUGCUAUGAAACUCUGGAAAAUCUGGUUACAUAUAUGAUUUACUUCUUUAUGCUGGUUCUUGGAAUACUUGCUUUGAUCGAGGUGACCACAAUCGCUUUGACGUUUUUCUUAGCACGAGCAAUCGGCGAUCGUCGUCGAAGGGUUUUGCCGUCCGAAGAACCAGCCGAGGGUGAAAGAUUGGAGGUGAUAAACAACCCCUUGGCCGUAGGGAGAACCCUCCCCAGAGUCAAACCAACGCCAAAGAAUAUUCUUACCGGGAGUCCAAAUCCGGAGAAAAGAUUUAACCACCGGAUCGCGCAACCCGCUUCCCUGGAAAACUACCCCCGAUUUCCAACGCACAAAAACACCGGUUUUUAUGCCAGGACAGUCGUGCCUUCGGCUCCGCCACAACAUCUCUUGGACCGAAGGAAUCCAAAAAUUUUUUGAGA